GAAAGCAAGCAGGCAAGAUCGCAAAAGAAUAAUUAGAGAAAUUGAGAAAUUGGUCGGAUUUAUUAGUACAACAAAAGUCCAACCUCGGAUUUCAUGAAAACAUCGGAUUUUUCGAUGCCUAUAUCACAACUGGAACUGCAACUGCAACAUAGUUUCUCUCUCCCUGUCUGCCCUCUUCACAACUUUCUUGAUCGCAAUUCACAGUUUCUUCAAUUAUUCUCUUCUCAGACAGUAACACAUCUGUAUGACAUAUAUAACUGCCUUAAUAAUCCCGCGAUUGUUAAAGUACUGUGAAAGGCGAACGAUUACAGGUAGAUCAUGGCGAUAAAAGGAAAUCCAGGAGACAACAGGGCUAGAAGCUCGGUUUCGUUAUUUAUUGUAGCUGGUCUCUGCUGUUUCUUCUAUCUCCUGGGAGUAUGGCAAAGAAGUGGUUUUGGGAAGGGGGAUAGUAUAGCACACGAGAUAACGAAGAAGGCAGAUGACUGUGGCAUCCUCUCGAAUCUAGAAUUUCAAACCCACCAAAUGGCUAAGGCCGAUGAAUCCAAGCAAUUCGAGUCUUGUGAUGAGCGAUAUCUUGAUUACACACCGUGUCAGGAUCAAAUGCGGGCAAUGACUUAUCCUCGAGAAAAUAUGGUGUAUCGGGAGAGACACUGUCCGCUAGAGGAAGAGAAGUUGCGUUGUCUUGUUCCAGCCCCGAAAGGGUAUGUGACACCGUUUCCUUGGCCUAAGAGCCGAGACUAUGUUCCCUAUGCAAAUACACCACAUAAGAGCUUAACAGUUGAGAAGGCCGUGCAGAAUUGGGUACAAUAUGAAGGGGAUGUUUUGAGAUUCCCUGGUGGCGGAACACAGUUCCCCGAGGGGGCAGAUGCGUAUAUCGAACAACUUGCUUCUGUGAUCCCGAUAGACAAUGGUACAGUCAGAACUGCAUUAGAUACUGGAUGCGGGGUAGCAAGUUGGGGUGCCUACCUUUUCAAGAAGAAUAUCAUAACCAUGUCAUUUGCUCCAAGAGACUCACACGAAGCACAAGUGCAAUUUGCUUUGGAAAGAGGUGUGCCCGCAGUUAUUGGUGUUUUGGGAACUAUAAAGCUACCAUAUCCAUCUCGGGCCUUUGAUAUGGCUCACUGUUCACGUUGCUUGAUACCAUGGGAUGCAAAUGGUGGAAUAUAUAUGAUGGAGGUUGAUAGAGUGCUUAGACCUGGGGGCUAUUGGAUACUAUCAGGCCCUCCCAUUGACUGGAAGAAUAACUAUCAAGAAUGGAAGCGUCCCAAAGAAGAGUUGGAGGAGGAACAGAGGAAGAUCGAAGAUAUUGCGAAGCUUCUGUGCUGGGAAAAGAAGCAUGAGAUGGGAGAGAUUGCCAUUUGGAGGAAACGGAAAAGCAAUGAGUAUUGCGAGCGAGAUUCUCGCACAACUAUGUGUGAAUCUGCAGGUGCAGACGAUGUUUGGUACAAGACGAUGGAGGCAUGUGUAACUCCUUAUCCCGAGUCUUCGGAUUUGGAUGAAGUUGCGGGUGAGGAGCUUAGGCCAUUCCCUGAGAGACUCAAUGCUGUUCCUCCAAGAGUUGCGAGUGGAUCUAUUCCGAGACUCUCUGCUGAGUUGUUCGUGGAGGAUAAUAAAUUGUGGCGAAAGCACACGAAUGCUUAUAAGAGAGUUAAUAAAAUCCUUGAUACAGGUAGGUAUCGCAAUAUUAUGGAUAUGAACGCCGGUUUGGGAAGUUUUGCUGCAGCACUCGAGUCUUCCAAAUUGUGGGUCAUGAAUGUCGUACCGACUAUAGCCAACAGAGACACCCUGGGCAUUAUAUAUGAGCGUGGCUUGAUUGGCAUAUAUCAUGAUUGGUGUGAAGCUUUCUCUACCUACCCGAGGACAUAUGACCUCAUUCAUGCCAAUGGUCUUUUCAGCUUGUACAAGGACACGUGUAGUGCUGAAGACAUCCUACUGGAGAUGGAUCGAAUUCUAAGACCAGAAGGUGCGGUUAUAUUUCGAGACCAUGAAGAUACCCUAACCAAAGUGAGAAAAAUAGUGGCGGGUAUGAGGUGGAACACGAAAAUGGUUGAUCAUGAGGACGGGCCGCUUAUCACAGAAAAGGUACUAUUUGCCGUCAAACAAUACUGGGUAGUAGGGGAAAAUAAUUCAACGAUGUCACGUUUUGCAAAUAGAAACUAAUGCUACUGUGUCUGAUUAGCGCUGAAAGUUUGGAUUUGGUUUUUUAUUCUUCCACAUAGGAUUUAACAAGUAGAAAUCUACAGGAUUUAACAUAGGAUUUGGAAUUAUCACAGGUUUCUUUUUCUGUUCUGUUGUUGUUGUAAUUGGGUUCUUCAUGUUUAGAUAGCCUUCAUGUUAGUUACAUAUUUUUUGUAGAUUAGCAUUCUUAAUUCCUUAUUCCAGUCAAACAUUACUCAUAUUUGGUAAUCUACUUGUAAUUCUUCAGA